GCCAGCAAGGUUAAUGGUAGCUUACAACCCCCAUGUCCAAAAAGGGAAAAAAGAUACUUAACAGAGCUUGACAACAAAGCAGCAUCUAUCUACGUUUGACCAAUGGGAAAAAACCACACAGUCGGCAGUUCAGAGCUGUAGGAGCAACGGCGGCGCUUGGGAGGUGGAAGAGCCUGCUGCUCCGCUGGUUUCCGCCCCUCCCUCCGCGGCAGAAGAGCACUCCCAAACUCCGCCCCCUGCGUUACAAUAGAGCCGGACGGAUCAGCGUCCCCCCUUUUCCUCUCGAGGCGCAGCGAGGUGUCGAGCCCACGGAUGAGACGCAUGCGCGGCGCGAGCCGGCAGUGGAGGGGCUGCUGCUUCUGCGGCGCUCGGGCAGGUAGCAGCAGCCGCAGCAGCCCUUGCGGCCGCUCUGCGCGGAGAGGGCGCAGCGCGGAAGGGGAGUGCUGCGUCUGCGGCGGCUGGCGAGGCCGACCGGGCGGCUCGCCUCAGCAGCUGGCGGAGAGAUACGCAGACCUGGCCGCCAGCCACGCCGAAGCGCUGCGGCUCGUGGAAGAGCGCGAGCGGCAGAGCCGACGCCUGCGGGACGAGAACGCGCGGCUGAAGCUGGAGAACCGGCGCUUGCGCAGAGAGAACCGGAACCUCUUCUGCCAGGGCCUGAAGCUUCCGCAGCAGCUCCAAGACCCGGAAGCGAAGGCCGAGGGGGUGGCUGCCUCCCAAGAAGAGCAGGAAGGGCAGAGUGGGGGCAAAAGGGCCCGAGUCAGUCAAGGUGGGAGAGGAGGCGAGGAGCGCCAGGAGCAGGAGAAGGCGCCUGAUAUAGCCUGAAAUCUGCUGAGAUUUCGAAAUUAGCCUGAGCUGGAUUUCGAAAUUAGCCCAUGGGACCCACGGAGAUGGUGUUUCAGGCUGGCAUCACACAUUGACGUUCAGAGGCUUCUGAAUUUCAUGAACCAGGCAACCUUACUUCGUGUUUUUAAAUGUUGCUCGCGCCCACUUUGGCCAUUUCAAGCUCAUCCUCGCAGACAGAAGCAAGCAAGCAGCCAAGGUUCUGAAUCUCCACUUUCCUGGUUCUGCGAAACAUCUGUUGGCCUGUUCCUUUCCAGGCUGGAGAUGCAUCUCUACCACCUGCUUAGUUGCCAACGCAUCUCACGGAGGCCUUUAAUCAUACAAGGAGGGUGUGGUCAGUAACACAUCUGCGAUCAACAGCCUAAUGAAACAUGGGUGCUUUGAGAAGAAGCUCCCAUGUCAGACUUUGCUUGACAACACUCUUUACGAAGCUAGAAUUCCUCUGGAGUCCUUUAGAAUAACAAGAACAAACCGACCAGAAUGGAUCUUGUAUGUAAGAGCUGGUGGCUACUUCUUGAAUUGUUGGCCUUACACCUAUUGCCUCCAGUUAAAUCUUUCCAAGGCUCAUGCAAAAUAAAUUUAUAAUUUGCUGGA